AGGUUCCUAAUUCCAACUACCCCAUGCCAGAUCGCCCACUGACUCCUAUAAAAUGGACAUCAAUCUAUUACUAGCUUGAAGAAAGAGUUGAACCUGCUCAACAAUCUUCCUCAAAAUUCGGAUUCACAAUGGGAAAUUUGCUACAAAAACAACAAACAAUUUCAAAUACUACUGCAGAUCCACCAUGGAGAGGAUGUGCAGCAAAAUAUCCUCAACCCCUUAGUCCUACAGACGUGCAAGGAGCUCAAUCUUUAGUCGAUAAAAUUUUUAAUGUCAAUUGUAGUAAGGGAAACUUAAAAGAGAUUGUUUACAGGACAGGCGAAAAAGAAAAAGAUAUCCAACGUCAAGUAUUUCGUUGGGAUCUCGCUCCUUAUGACAAGGUCUUUCAGCAGGGUUUUCAAGUUCAAAAGGGCAAGAAGAAAAAGAAACCCAAUAUUCUCAACUACAAUCUCUCUACCUAUGUGAAUGGCAGCACUGGAAGGCCUUUAGACUCGAGGAAGAAGUCGAGUUUUGCGUUCAUCAGCAGCACCGUGAGCAACUCCUGGUAUCCGCCUGUACCUAGUGGUAAGACAAUUGAAGUUUAUAGGUAUGAGGUUUAUGCACCUGGGGGUAUAUGGACUUCAUUGACUCUUGGUGGUAAGGAUAGUAACAAGUUUAAGAGGUUGGAUGAGGUUGCCUUUGUUGGUGGCAUUGCUCCUCAGUAUAUCAGAUCAGCUCAACUAUUCAGACUUACUGGCAAUUCAAAUGGGACUACAUCGAUAGAGAGAGCUAAUAAUGUGCUACUUAUAAAUGGUAACUUCAAUCCACAAUCUCAUCCAUUAAGAUUGCUCAACAUUGAGAACCCAGUUUUUUAUUGCACAAAGGACAAGACUCCCCUUACACAAAGCAUCAUAUAUCAACCAUCUUCAUCGACAACUAAUACCGAUAUAAUUAACUGGUAUGCUUGCGAUGCUGCCAAUCGUGACAUAUACUUAAGUGCUGCAUUUCGUUCAUCUUGUCAUAAUGAAGCUUAUUACAUCUUGCAAAACUGGGUUACGUUGUUGGACUAUGAUCCUGGAGGUACGCACGACCAUAUAGUAGAAGGUCCAUUUCUUAUCUCUAAAAUGUUUAAAUCUCUCGAGUAUACACCUUUUGGAGAACAUGGUAUAGAUGGUGCAAUGCAAUCAAAUGCUGAUGAAGCAUUUAUAUUUUGUGCAAAUCUUUGUGCUCUGAUAAACUACGCGCCAAGUACCAAGAAGGACAAUAUAGUUAAAGGUCCGAUGACAAUCGUCCAAAUGUUUCCUUUCCUAAAAGGAACUGUGUUUGAGAAUGGCAUAGAUUCAGCAACUGAGAUAAAAGGAGUAAAAUAUGAAGCUUAUCUCUUCAAAGGAAACUUGUGUGCACACAUAAAUUAUGGAUCUGAACCUCAACUUAUCGCGCUAGGACAGAUUUGUCAGUUCAUCCCUCUUCUAAAAGGUACUGUGUUUGAUGGUCUAGGAAUUGAUGCAGCAUAUGCUUCACAUGCAAAUGAUGAAGUUACUUACUUCUUUAAAUAUAACAACUAUGGACAAAUCAAUGUUGAUGUUGAUGAUGGAGUUGAGUAUCUAUUAGGUGUGUGGGUAAUGGGUGCCAAUGCGCCUGUGAUUCAUAGCUUUGUCCCUCAAAAGAAUCGUGGUCUUGACAUGCGCGGGGAUGCUCGACUUCUACCAAAUCCUGAGUACUAUGAUCAUGAUCAACUUUAGUUUAUUCUUAUGUGUGCUUUGAAACCUUGUGUGCUGUUUUUUCUUUUUUGGAAUAAGAAAGCUUAUGUGCUUUUUUUUAAUAAGAAAUCUUGUGUGCUUUUAAUUAAGCUUGUCUUGUAUUUGCAUUGUGUGUUCUUUUGGUUACUUUGUAUGAAGGAAUAAAAAGUUUGAUGUUAUUUGUUUGGUUUUA